AUGCCUGAAUCGAAAACACCUACGCCACCAGAUGCUUCUACGCUUGAGCAGUUCAAUGCUGAGUUGACCGCCAAUGUCCCCGAAAAGGCCAUAUCUCAAAAGAAUGCGAAGGCUCUAGCUAUCUUGGAGACAGCCUACUUUGAGUAUUUCGUCAACAAGGACCCUGCACCGGUAGACAUGGGAAGGAUCGCAAUACCCGCUAGCAUCUCUCAGUGCCAGACACAGUAUGCAAGAAGUCUAGUGAAGAGAAGGGGUAUCGUCGACGAGGUUCUGAGCUAUGUCCCUCUCCUGUCAAGAGAUCUCCGUGGCUUCGAAAAUUGCAAGGCUGUCGAAUCUUUGGAGGUUGGGGUCUACUUCCACUACAUGAGAGCCACAUCAACCGCCGACAGACCCAAUGAGCUGGAGUCUCGAGUGAAAGCCCAGCGCACGUGCAAGGUCGACGUCCUCAACGAGGCGCUAGGCGCAAUCAAGAUCAACUUUCGCUACAUGUCCCUGAACUGGUGGGAGCCCAAGACCGGCGAAGACUGGUCCGUCGUCACACGCAGAGAAGCCAAACUGCAAGACUGGCAGCAGCGCACCCGUGCCCCGGGAAAGCUCACUCUAACAGUGUGGCUUGUGAACGGGCUUCGCGGGAGCCAAAACGACGAUCUCAAUAGCUACGCCACCUUUCCCAACGAGAACUUGGACGCGAAUGACGGCAUCGUGAUUGAGGCCGCGCAUGUCCAGGGCGGAGAUUCUACUACGCUCGUUCACGACGUCGGACAUUGGUUGGGUUUGGGACACACAUUUGGCGAUAUCGGGACGCAGUGCGCCAGCCAGGACGGGUUGACGAACGCGACGCAAACAUCGGGAAUGAAAGACGUGGUUUACGAAUGUUCCCAGGUCCCUUGCUCGGGCGGGAGCGCGGUUGAGAUAAACAACUACAUGAGCGACGGGUUCACGACGGACCAGAAGGCGCGGAUGUUUGCCAAUGCGCUGCAGUUCCGUCGCGGGUACGAGGCGGGAGAGUGCAUGCCGGACGGCAAGGCGGCUGUGCGGAAACGGUCUAGCAUGCAGGAUUUGUUGGAUGGCAAGUGCCCUGACGUUGACAAACAAGCCAAUAUCCUGAUGGACGCGCCUCAUAGUCUGAGCGCAAGGGCGCACGGAUUGUCAAAGAUGGGAUGGGCUGUUCUUGCAGGGUGGUGGGCGGCGACACUGGUCAUGUAG